GAGAAAAAUAAAGUUACUACCUUUGGUUCCAUCAGGAGCCAAGAAUGGCAUUUCACCUUGUCCUUUGCCUGUCUUGUUCAGUUUACUGUCUUUGCUUCCAAAUGCUGGAAAGCUUCCCUGUGGCCCCACUUUCCAGUUAGCACUCCCUGGGGAGUCCUGCAAGCAUCCUACCCCAAGAAAUGCUGGGGUGGAUGGGCUUCACUUUCUCUCCUUCAGAAGGGAAGCCUCUUUGCCAGGGCCUGAGGGCUGUGCAAGACCCUCUUAGAGGGCUGGCAGUCCUUGUUCCACCCGCACCCCAGGGGUGUUCCUGGUUUGGAGGGGAGUAUUGUGGGGUGGGGGCCUUGCACCAGGCGGCAACCAAAAAAUUACAGUUUCUCUGAGGACCUGUGCCGCGCGGACAGCGGGCACCAGUUUCGAGAGCAUGUUUGUGUCUCUGCCUCCAGGCUACACCUCGAAGAAGCGGGCUAUGGGGGAAGGGUACACUGUCCUUCGCAGGCCUUUCUCCUAUGACCUCAGGCAGAUUCUUCCCUUUCGGCUGCAAAACAGCUUGCCGCCAGCCUAGAGGGCACAGCUCAGACUUGGUAUGGCCUGGCCCAAACCCGAAGGGGUUGGACACCAGGUCAGUGAGACGACCGGUGCAGCGCAGGAUGGGCUCAGCCUGUGUUCCGACCACUGGGCAGGUGGGCUCAAGGAUUUGGCUCCAGAGAGCUGAUGCUUGUUCCCAACGUGUUCGCCACAUGGUCCCUCGGGGCAAGAGUUGAGCUGACCCCUGUCCCCUCCUCCCCGCUCGAGACCCGAGGGCCAGCAGGUGUGCCCCGGCCCCAGGUGCACGGAUCCCUCAUGGACGGGAUGCAAGCGCGGGCGCUGCCUGAGACCCCACUCAGGCCAGGGACGAGCUGGCAGCGGCACGUUAAAGCCCAGUCAGCUGGCGCAGGGGGCCCAAUGGCGAAGAGUGGAGCCUGGCCGGACGCCUGGUCCGCCAAGGGCCUUGCCCACCGCGCUCGCCGAGGGGGCGCCUGCGCCGCGCCGAGCAGCCCCCGUCAAAGACAAAGGAGCCGGUGGGAGGAGGGGGCAAAAGGGGGGAUGGGGCGAGGGGGCGGGGCACCACGGUGUCACGUUACCGCCCGUAGCUCCCUUUAACUCGGGCCCCGCCCCCCGCCCGCCACGGCGCGCUCGUGGGGCCGCCAAUCAGCCGCACUCGGCCGCGCGCCCCUCCCGGCCCAGGGUGUGUGCGCGCGGCCAAUGGGCGGUGCGCGGGGGCCGGGCCCCUGAGGGCGGGACGGGGCGGCAUUAACCAAUCGUCCUGGUGUUGUUGAAACUGAAAAUACUACAUUAUGCUAAUCGCGGCGGGGCCCGCGCGCGCGGGGGUGGAGCCCGUGGGUAUAAAGGGGCACAAGCGGCGGGGCGUUCCACAGGCCAAGUGCGCUGUGCUCGAGGGGUGCCGGCUAGGCCCAAUCGAGCAAGCGAGCAGGCAGGCAGGCAGCUCUGAGGGGGCGCGGCUGCAGCCAGACAGAACCAGCGAACGAGGCACGGGAGCGGUCCACCACCGACAGCCAGUACCUCGGCGAUGGACCGCCUGGUCAACGGUGAAAACUUGCCUGAGAUGGCGCGCUCGAGAGCUUGCCGUAACCUCUUCGGGCCCGUGGACCACGAGGAAGUGGGCCGCGAGCUGCGGAUGCGCCUAGCCGAGAUAUCCGCCCAGGACCAGAGUCGCUGGGACUUCAACUUCCAGGACGACGUGCCGAUCCGGGGACCCGGACGCCUGCAGUGGACCGAGCUGGACAGCGAGUCCGUGCCCGCCUUCUAUCGCGAAUCGGUGCAGGUGGGACGCUGUCGUCUGGUGCUGACGAACCAGCCCCCCCCAGUGCUCGUGGCUGUCAUCCCGCGCUCCCAGCGACGGGCCGCUGAGCCCUUCGACGGCCCGAACCAGGAUCCGGGGCAGAUGCCACCGCCCCGUGCCCCGGCGCCUACUCCGCCCCCGGCCCCUGUCGUGGCUCGGCCGCUGGCCCCGGUUCUGGCACCGGUGCUGGCACAGGCUGUGCCCCGGGCUCUGGCCCCGGUUCUGGCACCGGCGCUGGCACGGGCUGUGCCCCCGGUUUUGGCCAACGCAUUGGCCCCGCCUAUGCCGCGGGUUCUGGCUCCGGCUUUGGCUCAGCCUGUGCCCCCGCCUGUGCCCCGGGUUCUGACCCCGCCAGUGCCCCCGGUUCUGGCCUCGGCUGUGUCCCCGGCUCUGGCCCCGGCUCUGGCUCCGGCGCUGGCUCCAGUGCUGGCCCCGGCGCUGGCCCCGGCUUCGGUCUCUGCUUCCGAGCUGGACGCGGACCCGGCCCCUGACGCGGACGCGGCGCCUCAAAACAGCGCUGAGUCUGGCGCGAACGUGGCGCAGCGCGGCCCCGAGCCGCUCGCCGACUCGCUGCACUCGGGGAUUCCGGGACGUCCCGCGGCCGGCACUGCUGCGGCCGGCGCCAACGGCGCGGCGAUCAAGAAGCUGUCGGGGCCUCUCAUCUCCGAUUUCUUCGCCAAGAGAAAGAGACCUGCGCCCGAGAGCAAAUCCUCCAGCGAGGGAUGUCCCUCUGCUAGCGCGCCUGCUGGGGUUGGUGCCCCGGAGCAAACCCCGCGCAAGCGGCUGAGAUGAGCUAGUUCGGAGUCCCAGGAGCACGGGGAGCUUGUCGGGCAGCGGACGAUGGAUGAGCGCAGGGACUCGCUGGGACCGUACUUGCAGCAGCAGCCGGAGGCAGCGGCCGCAGAGCAGCCUUCAGUUUUAUUUGAAAUCUGAAAACUGUGCAAUGUAUUACUAGCUUUGCAAUGCCUAAAUAUAUUCUGCACGUGGAGUACACUGGGUCCCGGGGUGUAAAGCUUUAAGAGUCAUUUAUAUAAAAUGUUUAAUCUUUGCUGAUGCUCGACGCAAAAAAAUAAAAGAAAAAGAAAA